AUGGAGCCGGCGGCCGAGCGGCGGCGGGAGCGGCGGCGGCGGGAGGCGGCGGUGAAGGCCGAGAAGCGCAGCCCCCGGCGCUCCCCCUGCCGCUCGGGCCGGGGCAGCCAGUCUCCGCCGGCCGGGUCGCGCCAGGGCAGCCGCGGCAGGAGCAGCAGAUCGCCCAAGAGGAAGAGCCGGUCGGGGCGGAGGAGCCGGUCCCCGCGCGGCAGGAGGAGCCGCAGCCCGCACCAGGUGAAGGUGAAGCAGGAGCGAGAUGAUCAUUGUCGCAGAGGAAACGAGGAGCGGAAGCAGAGACACCCGACAGAACAAGAACACCGGAGAGACAGGAGCGGGGACAGAGAGCGGCACAGAGACCACCCAGACCGGAGGAAGAACCCAAACGAGAGGCCCGGAGUUCGGGGCCAUGAGCGAGAGAGGGAUGUUCAGAACAUCCGUGAGCAGCAAGCGGAGAGGGAGUUUUACAACGAGAGAAGACGGGAGCAUCGACAAAAUAACGAGGGUGGCGGCGGCGUCGACCAGAAUCCGGAACUCAGGCAACCUGACAACAAACCUAAAGAAAAAGCUCCUGUCAGCAAGGAGAAACCAAACUUUGAACUGUCUGGCGCGCUGCUAGAGGACGCCAACACUUUCCGAGGGGUUGUGAUUAAGUACAGCGAGCCCCCCGAGGCUCGGAUCCCGAAGAAGCGAUGGCGCCUCUACCCUUUCAAAAACGACGAGUUUCUGCCGGUCAUGUACAUCCACAGGCAGAGCGCGUAUCUGCUGGGCAGGCACCGCCGCAUCGCCGACAUCCCCAUCGACCACCCGUCCUGCUCCAAGCAGCACGCCGUGUUCCAGUACCGGCUGGUGGAGUACACGCGUGCCGACGGGACCGUGGGCCGCCGCGUCAGGCCCUACAUCAUCGACCUGGGCUCGGGGAACGGCACGUUCCUCAACAACCAGCGCAUCGAGCCCCAGCGCUACUACGAACUGAAGGAGAAGGACGUGCUGAAGUUCGGGUUCAGCAGCAGGGAAUACGUUCUUCUCCACGAAUCUUCAGAUAAAUCUGAGGCCAACGCAAAGGACGAUGAUGAUGAGGAGGAGAAGGAGGAAGAGUCUGACAGUUAA